AUGGCACACGACAGCAGCGCGCGCGACCUGCUCCGCGCGAGCGUCACCGACGGAGACGCCGUGCGUCGGUACCUCACGUCCAUCGAACCCCACGAGUUGUCGCAGCUGCUCGACGGCCUCUCGAGUUAUCACAAGGAGAAGCAGCAGCAGCCGCAGCUGCCGCACUUGAAGAGCGUUGUGCUGGUCCAAGACGACUGGCUGCCUCUUCUACGGCUCUUGGUACAGUGUGAGACCACGCGGCUCCGCACGGCGUCCCAUGUUCUCCACGCGCUGCGUCGCGGACGUCCGAGUGAGUUAGAGAGUAUGCAGCUGCUGACGGAAGUGAGCGUGGGCUACUCGAGCGCACUGGAUCGUCUCCAAGAGCUCCAGAAGACAGAGACAACGCGUCGCAUGGUGCAGCGGCAAACGCUGCUCGACGAAGUACACACAGUGCUGGAUACGGUCUUUUGCUUCUUGGAAGAGGAAGUCGUUGUCGCUGCAGUAUCGGAUGGGCCAGUAAUUGGACGAGAAAGCAGUGGCGAGCGCAGCGGCAAUAGUGUCAGUUGUUGCAGCCAUCGGGUCAGAAGUAACGACAAGGUCAAGCUGCUGCCACAGUUGCUGGGACUCGUGUCGUUCUUCUUGGGCCUUUGUGGCGAGCUGCAGACACGAGGAGAGCAAGGAAAGAGUGGGACGUUGGCCAGGUUGCUGGAGUUACCGUGGGACUGCUGUACAGUACCAAGUUUGCUGGAUGUGCUGGCGGACGACGCGUCGCUGAUGUCGAGAGAAAGCUGGCAGGGAUUGCAGGAAACUGUCGAGCGCCUGGUAACGUCGUCAACGGAGAUGGCAAGCGAGACAAUGAACCCUAUGAUCCGAGAGUGCGUAACGGUAGCGAGUGUGACGGGCGAGCAUAAGUGGAUCGCUGUCGCGCGCUACUUGCUGCAACAACUGCCCGUGCAGUUGCGACAAGAGGCAGAGUUUAAUCUGCAAAUGAGCCUCCGCCAUUCCCAAUGCAUCGUUUCGCUUAUAUGCGAAUCCAUUCGAUCGAGCAGAAUACCAGGCGUUGUUCCAGAGGAUGCUGACAGUCAAUGUAAUGACCCGCAGUGCAGCUCAGCAGACGUCCGAUUAGAGAUAGAGCACCUUGCGUGGCUGAUAGUGCACAGUGAUGUCAGAGCAUUCGUGGAUUAUGCAUCGACAAAGGAGACACAGUCACGUAGCGGGGGCAAAACACUUGAGAAAUAUGUACUGGAUCAAGUGGGGCUUGUGCUGAAUUUUGGCGGCAAGCAGGUCCAUGCUCGCGAAUGGAAGGCGCUGCUCUUGAUGGAUAUCGUAUUUUAUUGGAUCGAGCAGAGCAACACAACCUGUGCUGGCGACAAACCAGCAACUGCAAAGUCUGCAACAGCGCUGAUGCUGUUACAAGCGAUAUUCGAAACGGCACCGGAAGCUCGCUUUGAAGUGCUCAGUAGUUUGUUUGAGCGCUCGCAAAAGCCAGCGCAGAGGAAGAUUGCUGGCGAGAUACUUUCACAACUGUUUGUUUCACACUCGGCAAAGCUGUUUCCGCACCUUAACGCGAUCCAAGACUGGCUCAGCAUGCAGUUUCACCGAUCGUUCGACAGCGCCCGUGACUUUUUUCUCAUCGCAUCCAAUCUGGCGACAGUGUAUAAAGACUUGUAUAACUUCCUGAUGGUGUUUCUGCGGAAACUGCUGUCCACUGGUAAUCGGCUGCAUCAGCAGUAUGUCGUGGACAUGUGGUGUACGUGGCUGGACCGCCAGCUACCGUUCAAUGAACAGCAAGAAGAAGAAAUUGUCUCAGCACUUAUAAACAGUAUGAUAGCUUCCCGCGACAUACAAGCGUGGUCAUUUGGACGUUUGGCGCAAGUGUUUAACUGUCGCGGAGGCAUAGUUGAAGGACCUGUCAUUUUGUUGCGCAAAAGCUCGUGGGAGAAGUUUUAUCGAUUUUUGUCUCAGGAAGUUGGCAAGUUUCUUCUGCCGACGACAUCAGGCAUCAUGGAGUACGGAAUCGAAGAAGAGGAAGAUAGUGCAGAUGAGAACGACGACGAUGAUAUGGGGUUACAGCGAUUUCGUGUUACCGCACUCGAUGCAUUUUAUCAGCAAAAUGCUAGUCUGGAUGGUGCAGCAUCAACUGGGCUGAUAUUUCAAAAGCUGCUAUCUUGCUUGAUAGCAUUCGAGAACGGCAUUUGCCGGUCGAAAGUCUCGUCUGAGGGAUUACCGAUUGAGGGUCUCAGUGAGAAUGACAGCGACAUCAAACAGUGGUUCAUCGACCUGGUCUCCAGCUGGAAGUACUUUUUCCACUGGCUUUGCCAAGACUCGGAGGUGCUGCUGAAUCAGCCAGCGCAAGGCUACUUUUUGGAUGACGUGAAGGACUAUGUUCAGCUGGACGGGUUUACUAAAACGAGCGUGUCGUGCGCCUCACUAUGCAAACGUCUACUGGACAAUACUGCAGAGAUGGUGGAUCCCGCUGUGGACUGCGUAGAGUUGUGUAAGCUUUCAUCGCUCGCGUACGACAUCUUGUGCGAGAACGUAGUGUACAAUGCACGACUGCUUCGACUUCUCAUGAACAUAUGCCUCCCAACUCACCUGGCGCUCCACAUUCAGACGUUUGUGACACUGGAAAGCAAGAUUGAAGCAUUCAUUCAGACGUGCGGGAUUCAUUCAGCGGAACAUGUGGAGAUAUCAACGAGCGAGGACUGUCAUCAACGCAGACCAGCUCUGGCCAAAACGGAGAGGCGCAGUGGAGCAUCAGCGUGCCGGAAGCGUUUGCGACAAAGACCAGGUGUCCGGUCUCCGUACAGCUCGGGAGUAGAUUCUGACUCUGAUUUCGACGCCAGCUACCCAUCUGACUCCGACUUCCUGGAUUGUGUUCCACAUCUCCAGUCGCAUGCAACUCAACGCAUCGCCAUUGGUACCGUUUUGGCCGCGCUCGAACAAUCUCAAUCCACGUUGCUCCAUCUUGUGACCACCAAGAACAAGGACAAAGAGGCUAUCGAUCACGAGGCAUUGUUGGGUUACAUCCGCAUUCACGAGGUAGUGAACAAAGCGAUAAGCGCCAAUGUUGACUUUUUGUGGGAGACUCGAAAAGUGUUGCUGAAGGUUCUUCACAUGAUUGAACUGGGACUGCGCAUUGGUAAAGCCAUCGGGGCGUUGCAGCGAAGAAGGGAUGACCUGGAAGUCAAGUGGCACGACACUGCGAUCUGUAUUUAUGAGUUUUCGGUGACAUCAGCAUUGAGAAACCGAAUAUGGGCUGGUGGCAUCAAGGAUGCAAGUGAAGAUGCAGAAACAAAAACCAAGAUAUCUGCGACCUUGCUCAAGACGGACAUAUUUCUCUUGCAAGCUCCGGGCAUCGUGCAGACUUGGCUGAAAGAGACGUCGAUACCCAGUUCAACAAAAGAACGGCUAAAGUCGCUUAUGACGAUGGUAAAGGACAGAAUUGCGCCGACCAGCUUGUCACACGCUCGUCGUGGAAAGGCAAAGGCUCGACAGCGCCUGCUUGGCGUUGUCCCGAUUGUGAGAAAAAGGAAGAAGCGCCUGCGGAGUCGUCACCCUGUCAUUGAUGCGUUCCUCAACGAAGAGGACGGCGCGGAUGCAUUUGCUGACUUGGAAGACUUCAUUGAAUAA